CGUGAUUUAAGGACUGUAUGUUUCAGAAGAUUAAGGCAGAGACAGACUUAAGACAAGUUGGCCUGUGAAAUAGGGAAGUGUUUUUACUGUUUCCUCAUGUCAGGUUGUGCAAGUAGUUUUUCUUUUUUUUUGGUUCCAGCACUUCCUUUUCUGAACGUGUGCUUCUCCGUAGAUCAGCAUCAGAAGGAGAAAAACAAGGCAUUCAUGUGUAGGACAGGCAGCAGAAAGGAAAGUGCAGCUGGGAAUUUUUGCCUGGAGCGAGACAAACCGUAGUUGUAUGUGAAAAGUAGGUGAGGAAAAAGGGAAAAAAAAGAAGAAAGAAAGACUGUGGAGGAGGUAGAAGGGAUGAGAAAGGAGCAGAGACUGGGAGAGGAGAUUUGAUGAGCUGAAGGAAAAGUGAAAGUGGUCUUUAAGGAGGAGGAGGAGCGGGGUAGGGACAAGAGGAUGACAGGGAGGAAGGGAAACCUGUCUCCAUACCUUUCGGCAGAAGACAGGGGACAUGUCAAGGCAAGUCACACACUGCGUCAGCUCAAUCUAUAAAUUUACAUAAUGUGCAUAGUUGUAAUCUCCCUGCCAGAGGACACAGCGAGAGGCAGCCAGUUUACACGCAUGAUAAUGAAAACUGGGCUUGUAGCCACACAGAUGUGUUACAUCAGCGGAUACUUGGGCUGGAGGGAGUUUCAUUCAGAUUCGCUCUGAUAAGAUGACGUGUGCAUUGUAACCGUGCAGCAGUGUGUGUGUGUGUGUGUGUGUGUGUGUCUCAGCCUACAAACCUGUGAUUAGAUGUUUGUGUACACUCCUGCACGAGCACACCCACCAUGCACUCUAGACAAACACACACUUGCUGCUCCUCAAAGCAGCAGGUCCCAACUGUCAGUGACUGCAGCUAACACAUGCUCACUCUCGGCUCAGCACUUUCUUUAGUUUCUGCCAAGGGAGGAGGAGGAGGAGGAGGAAGAGGAGGAGGAGGAGGAGGAAAAGUGAGGCAAGAAGAAGCAGACUGGAACACGGUCGAGAGAAAAAUUGAUAGACUUGGAGAAACCUGUGACUGCUUGAAUCUGCCUGCCUGGCUGAGCUGCUUAAGAGACUGGAGGCUUCCUGCAAGUGAUGCUUUACACACUCUGGAGCAGCACACAGUCAGGACUUUAUUGAGCCCUCUCUGUUGUUUUUUCUUUUUUCUUUUUCUGUCUCUUAUCCCCCCUCAUCUCAAAGAUGAGGAGAGACCGUUUCCUCCUCGUUGCAACCCUCACAGCUAUCUUCUCUGCUGAUCUCUACUUCAUCCUCCUGCCAAAGCUGCGCAACCUGAGCCAAAUAUCAGGACACUUUUGCCCAUGCGGUCCCAACAACGUGAGCCUGCCCGGGCAGGGCGGUCUUGCCACGCCACAGCUCUCCAACUGGACUUACGACUCCCUCCUGGAUGGUACCGCUGCAUCCGGAUCCCCUGAUGGAGCCUCGAAGCUGGAGAAGCUGUUUGCUCAUCCUCUGUACAACAUCCAGACUCCGGUCCUGGGGCCGGAGGAGAGGCUGCUGCAGGUGGAGCAGCUGAUGGAGUACUACAGGAAGAAGGUGUCCCGCUGGGAAAGACAUAAGAAACUCUACAGCGAGGCGGCGGCUUUGGCCAACGUCACUGUGCUGGAGAAGGAAAUGACCUACAACCCCGAUGCCAGCUGGGUGAAAUUCCACGUGGGAAUAAACCGCUAUGCUCUAUACUCCCGCGAUGACCCUGCCAUGCUCCAGCUUCUCCGGGACAUGCAGAACAUGACGGUCGUCAACGCAGACUACACCCAGGAUGAGAAAGCCCUGAAAGGAGCGUGUGAUUGCACCCAAGUGGUGAAACCCAGCGGGCAUCACCUGAAGCUGGCUCUGAAACUGCAGAACUUUGCAAAAGCAAUGUUUAAACCGAUGAGGCAGCAGAGGAAUGAGGAGACUCCUGAGGACGUCUUUUACUUCGUUGACUUCCAGAGACACAAUGCAGAGAUCGCUGCUUUCCACCUCGACAGGAUCCUGGACUUCCGGAGGGUCCCACCGGUGGCAGGCAGGAGAGUGAACGUCACAGCAGAGGUUCUCCAAGUUACCCACAACGAAGACCUACGAGCGGUGUUCUUCACGUCUCCAGCAAACAACACGUGUUUCUUCGCCAAGUGCCUGUAUGUGUGUAAGACGGAGUAUGCGGUGUGCGGGGGCCCAGACCUCCUGGAGGGCUCGCUUUCUGCCUACCUACCAGGCCUCAGCAUCGCUCCCCGGCUCUCCAUCCCCAACCCCUGGACACGCUCCUACACUUUCACUGGACGUCAGGAGUGGGAAGUGAAUCCGUUCUACUGUGACUCAGUAAAGAAGCUGUAUCCCUAUAACUCAGGCAACAGACUGCUCAACAUCAUAGACAUGACCAUCUUUGACUUUCUAAUAGGUAACAUGGACAGGCACCACUAUGAAAUUUUUACCAAAUUUGGGGAUGAAGGACUUCUUCUCCAUUUGGACAAUGCCAGAGGGUUUGGAAAGCAUUCGCAAGAUGAAAUGUCCAUCUUGGCUCCGCUCUCUCAGUGUUGCAUGAUAAAGCGAUCCACACUGCUGAGACUGAAACUCCUGGCUCAGUCAGAGUUCAGGUUAAGUGACGUAAUGAGGGACUCCCUCAAGAAUGACUCUUUAUGGCCGGUCCUCACCGAGCCCCACCUCCUGGCCCUGGACCGCAGGUUACAGAAGGUCCUCCGGGUCGUCCACCGCUGCGUCCGGAGGCUCGGGGAGGAGGAGGUGAUCACCAAGGACUUUAUUAGACCCACAGUGGGCCCUCAGACUGCCACAGAGAUGAAAAAGGCCAGGUAACGGUGGCUGAAACUGUCGUUGCUUCACUUCACUGCUGAUUUUAUAGACUUCAUGAUGAAGUGCUUUCCCACUGUGAUCCAAAAAGGCUUGGAUGUUAAGGUUAGCCAUGGAAUACAAGAAGCUCACCGAAAAAGCCACCACCAAAAUCAGUUUUAGAGUUCAUAUUUAUUGAGCAGAGCCAUCAUGCUCUAGGUCAUGUUGUCAAAUUUAAUCAAAUCUGUAUUGUGACUGAGGGGAGACUUUUUUUUUUUUUUUUUCAAAUUUUAAGAUAAAGUUGUUUUCUGUCAUGGUCCAACUUUUGAAGAGAAUGUAUAGUUUCAAAAACAGACGUCUGUGUGUGCAACUGUAACGAGGGAAAAACUGCCACCUAUUAAAUAGUCGUUUUAAGUUCACUCCACCCUGUUUUCCAGACUUGUAAUCUUCUGUUUCAUCAUCACUGUUUAAAGCUUCCCGGCGUCGCUGUCAACUAAGACAAGCCAAGGAAAGUAACCGCAAAUCUAAAGCAAUUACCACUCAUGCCUUUCAUCUCACAAACACAAUCAUUGGGAACUGCGCUAAUUUACUUUUGUUUUAAAUCUGAGUGAGUUUCCACACAGCCUGAUGGAUAUUUGGCAUUUGUUACUUCCUUUGUUCUCACCAAACAAACCUGAUUUGGUGUGAAGCAAGUUGAACAACCGCAACUAUUUUAAGAGAUCUUAGAUCUGGUAAAGUCAGUUAAAUAAAGCACACUGACUGGCUGAUGAGCACCCAAUUCUAUUUCUCCCUCUCCUUCAAGCACAUCAAGUUAAACCUUCAUGGCGUGUUUGCUGUGAAUUAUAGUCCUAGGCUUAAAAACUUUAAACGCCCAUGUAAAAAUACAGGAUUACAGUUUACAAAAUAAAGGAACAGAACUCUCUAAAUAACUACAAAGCAACAAAUGUCACUUAAGUUUUGCUUUUAUUAUAAGCUCCACAUGCAUAGAAAAGACGUGAUUUGGUUAUUUGAUUUUUUUUUUCUAUGUCAAAAUUGUUCACAUCAAUGAAUGAGUUUUCCCUCCACACAGUGUAAUGUCUCCCCCUGGUGGUCAGAUGUGAUGCAGCAUAUUUUCAGACACUUAACGGACCUGCAGACAACAUCUCUGCUGGUUGAAGCAAUUAUUAAUAUAUUGAUAGAAAACUAAUGAAAAUCGUUUUUGUUAUUAUUGAUGAAGUCAAUAAAGAAGAGAAAAUA